UGCCAUUGCACAAUCGAAUACAGAAACAUUGUCACCGGCCAUAGCCAUUUCCAUUAGCGGAGUUAUGGAGAUCAACUUGUCAAGCAUCACCCUCCGUCCAUUCCGGCUAUCGGAUGUCGAAGAUCUCAUGACAUAUGCCGGAGACGAGCAAGUGACUCUAAACCUCCGAUGGAAGACUUUGACAACCAAAGAGGAGGCUUUCACUUUCCUCAAAGAUGUGUGUAUCCCACACCCUUGGCGCCGGUCGAUAUGCAUCGAUGAUCGUUCAAUCGGCUUCAUAUCCGUCUUUCCAUGGUCAGGUGAUGAGAGUCACAAGGCUGACAUGGGGUAUGGUAUAGCCCCAAAGUAUUGGGGACAAGGAAUAGUCACUGAAGUAGUUAAGACCGCCGUUCCUCUAGUGUUCAGGGACUUGCCUCAUUUGCUUAGGUUGCAAGCUUUUGCAUAUUCAGAGAAUAAGGCCUCUCAGAGGGUGUUGGAGAAAGCUGGGUUCCAGAGGGAGGGUUUGUUGAGGAAAUAUGAAUAUAUUAAGGGAGAAAUUAUUGAUAUGGUUGUUUAUAGUUUUCUAUCAACAGAUUAGACUAGUAGUCCAAGAGUCCAGCAAUGAAUAAUUGGUCUUCUAUGCUCAAUAUGGGGGACUUUUAUGUAACUUUACUUUGAGUAUUACAGGUAAUUGUAAUGAAGUUUGCUACUAUCAAGUAUGACACAUCUAGUUCUAGUUCUAGUACUUCUCUUAUUUAGAUGUCUGCAAGCUUGCAGCAGAAAUGUGUCCAGUUUCCCUAAUUUUCUCGUCUUUUUUUUUUUGGCAAAGAGUAAGAACAUUAAAACCACAAGCGAAAAAGAACCCCUGACAGAAACAACAAACAAAACUACACAAACAGCAGCCCCUACAAGUGAGGAGGGCCAGGUAAACCAUCAAACGCAAGAACUUCAGCUAAGGGAGAAGGAGGGUGCUGAGAGAGAAUAUACGUCGCUGUCCAAUCCGAAGCAGGGUCAUUUCGUCUGAGAGAGUUGAUAAUAUCUUGGGAGUCAGAAGAAAUGAAAAUGUCCUGCAAUGGGAAUGUGUUGGCUAGCUUCCCUAAUAGCCAGAGCUUCUGCAGCCAUUGCAGAAGGGGCCAUCAUCUUCAUUGCUCUUCCAGCAACCAACAAACCAUUUGAAUCAUGUGCAAUUGCUACAAUUCCAC